ACUAAGCUGAAUGAAGUCGUUCAUGUUGCACUGUUGUGAUUAGAAGAUGAGAUGUACAGCUUGUAGAGGUUCUGUGUGAAAUCUGCUAAUCAUCAUAUACAGCAGUAACAGCGAUCCGGUUUAAGAAUUAUUUGCAGAAGAAGGUGAAAUAACUAGAGUAAUCAUGUGGGAUGUGGAGAUCAGAGGCAUGGCAUCAGCUCAUGCCCUCAUUGCCGGCUCCAUGCUGAUGGGCACGCUCAUUCCCACUCUUACUGUGGAGAAGUUUUCAGUGUAUGGGACCCACUUGGUGUGGCUUUAUUCUGUUGCUGGGUCCGUUGCUGUUGUCAACAUUCUUGUGUACUGGCUUCUGGGCGUUAGUCCUCCAACAAAGAAACACACACUGAGCUAUAAGUUGUCAAAGCUGAUUAGAUCAUGUGUAUAUUUUCUGCUGUCGUGUUUUUUCUUCCACACUGUGGUUGUGCUGUAUGGAGCACCGCUACUGGAAUCAGCUCUGAAGACAUUUUCCCUAGCUGUUCUGCUCUCCACCCUCACCACACUAAGGUGUUUGUGUAUCCUUGGUCCGAACGUACAGGCAUGGAUUCGAGUUUUCAGUAGAGAUGGGGCGAUGUCAGUGUGGGAUACCUCUCUACAGAUCACCACUCUAUGCAGCAUCGUUGGAGCCUGGCUUGGUGCUUUCCCCAUACCUCUUGAUUGGGACAGACCCUGGCAGGUCUGGCCCAUUUCCUGUUCCCUGGGAGCGACAGGAGGGUUUCUGACAGGACUGCUGGCUGCCCCAAUCUGGAUCCGCUGGCAUCGGAAACAGCUCACUUACAAACUUAAGUGAAGAACGGGGAGUACAGGCACAGGCCGAGUCCUAGAUUUGCCAAGUGUCUGAGGCAUCCAGCCUAGAAAUGACACAAGCUUGCACCAAGUGUUUAAAAAGAAAUUUUCUCUGAGGUCACUGUAGCAGAAAAGCUAGAAAAAAUCCCCCGUCCCUCUCCCAGGUUUGAAUGAUUUGUUCUGUGUUUCGGUUUAUGUAUCCAUUCAACCAUUCCUUUUUUAUAUUUCUGGUAAAAGCAGUACUGGAAAAUAAAAAACAAUUAUAAGAAAGGCAAUUUGUUGCAAGUUGAAAGAUGGAGGUUCCCUUUUAUUAAGAAAUAAAGUGUUACUUCUGUAA